UAUUAUAAAAUGUCCAAUGGUUAUGAAGAUCACAUGGCUGAAGAUUGCAGGGAUGAUAUUGGUAGGACAAAUUUAAUUGUGAACUACCUCCCUCAGAACAUGACACAGGAUGAGCUCCGGAGCCUCUUCAGCAGCAUUGGCGAAGUCGAAUCUGCAAAACUCAUUCGGGACAAAGUUGCAGGACACAGCUUAGGCUAUGGCUUUGUGAACUACGUUACUGCAAAAGAUGCUGAGAGAGCAAUAAACACACUGAAUGGCCUCAGACUUCAGUCAAAAACUAUCAAGGUUUCCUAUGCUCGUCCAAGUUCUGAAGUUAUCAAGGAUGCUAACUUAUAUAUUAGUGGACUGCCCAGGUCGAUGACACAGAAGGAUGUAGAAGAUAUGUUCUCACGUUUCGGCCGCAUCAUCAACUCACGUGUGCUUGUGGAUCAAACUACAGGUGGGUUCUGUGGCAUCAGCUUCAUGAAACUCAUAUAUAGCAU